CUUAAAAGCGUUGUACCUGAGGGAAGAAGUAACAGCGCACACACAGGUGGACUAUACCAUGAGCGAUCAGGGGGGCAAGGCUCUACAGUGCUUGGUACAGGGAGUAGAACAGCUACAGGACCAACUGUUGUGCCUAAAAACUCUCAGAGGCCCACACCAAACAUUGGGAACCAGAAUACCAUGCCUGGGUUCUUCACACCAUCUGCCAGUCUGCAGAUUCAACAGCCGCACAGCCAGAACUUCCAACAGGUGGCACCACCCCCUCAGCCUCAGUUUGCAACUCCCAGGAUGCCUUGUGCUCCCGGGGAAAGGAGUGAGGUGAUCUGUGUGAAGGGGAAACCAUUCCGUGUACUCAGUAUCAUCGGCAAGGGAGGGUCAAGUAAGGUGUACCAGGUGUAUGAUGAGAAGGGGAAGGUGUAUGCGCUGAAGCUGGUGAACCUGGAGGAAGCUGAUGAGACGACAGUGCAAGGCUACAUUAACGAGAUUACCCACCUGUCCAAUCUGCAGCACAGCCCACGAGUCAUCAAACUUUACGACUUUGAAGUGACAGAAGAGCGGAUUGUGCUGGUGAUGGAGAAGGGGAGUGUGGACCUGGCCACCUUCCUCAGGAACAAGAAGAAACAGCAGGGCAGCAUCGCUGAUGAUGUACUGUGGUUCUACUGGAGACACAUGCUGGAGGCUGUGGACACCAUUCACAGACAGGGUAUUGUCCACAGUGACUUGAAACCUGCCAACUUCCUGUUCGUGGACGGUGAUCUGAAGCUGAUUGACUUUGGGAUUGCCAACGCCAUCCAGAGUGACAAAACUAGCGUGAUCAAGGACCAGCAAGUUGGCACGCUGAACUACAUGUCACCUGAGACCAUUAGGGAGUACAACCCUGCACAGUACAGGGACGGAAACAGCAAGAAGUUGUUCAAGAUCAACUGUCGGAGUGAUGUGUGGUCUCUGGGCUGUAUCCUGUACUACAUGGUGUAUGGCAAGACUCCCUUCCAACACAUCCCCAACCACUUCGCCAAGCUGCAGGCCAUCGUCGACACAAACUACCAGAUCCAGUUCCCUCCUAUCAAGAACAAACUGCUCCUGGAUGUGCUGAAGAAAUGCCUGAUAAGGGACCCUUACCACCGUCCGUCCACUGCUGACCUGCUGGCCCACCCCUACCUGAACUCGGAGCGGUCAUCAGGUGCUAAGGAGCAGCCGUGUCCAGCUGCACCUGCCCUCCCCAUGACAGCUGACCAGAUACAGCAGCUGCUGACUCAGCUGUCCCAGGCACAGAGCAUGUCUCCUAACUCCAUCUCCACUGUGUCAAAGGGUUUGGCUGCCCAGUUACAGAGUGGACAGGCACCAGAUCUGUCUGCAGUGCUUAGGAAGAAUCAAGGACCAAGUCAGGAUAAGGAGAACCUUCCUCCACAACACUUGCUCAGGAAGGGCCCGGUGUGUACUCUGCAACAUGCACUCCCCAGGCCCCCUUCAGAGCACACACUUGGCCGGCCAUAGACAACCCAGAACUGACAGAUGAAGAGUACCUUUGUUUGUACAUACAUGUACCAGUACCUGCAGCAAAUCUCUAUAUUUCUACUAUCUUAAUGUCUGUGCUUACUAGAGAGAUGUAUUAGCACCUAUUUUGCAAGAAAGUAUAAGGCUUUGCAAGAAAGCAUAAGGCUAGGCCUUCAUGUAGAAUAAAGUUACAUGUACAUUUUUGUACAAUGUACCACUUUGAAUAUAGAUUAAGUUCCAAAACAUAAGUAAAUUUAUUAACAGAUACAGCUUCUUGAUGAUUUACAAAAAGAAAAUGUGUAGUAUCAUAAAAAUGUCCAGAAUAAUAUCUCUAUAUUUCUGCAUACUUUUUUGUCAGUCUACUCACAAUCUUAAUACAAUCAGCUUGGACCAUUAAAAUUAUGCUUUACAUGUGUUAGAAAUUGAAGUCUAAUAACUUCUAAAAUGAAAAUUAAUUGCUGUAUGUUUGAUGAACAAUGGUAAAUAGUCUGACAACAGAGAUGAUAACACUUUCCUCUAGCUGUCCACUGUAUCUUUGCUUUCUACAUGCUACAUUUAUAUGAAGAGUUAACAGAAGUUGUAUUGGUUAGCAUAACUACAUACUGUAUCUGUGAAAUGUGCUGUUUUUGUCCGUGGAAUAUACAAAAGAAAAUCUUUAUUAUAUGUACAGCUUCUAGUUCUGUAUAAAUGUUAAUCAUAUCUAGGGCACAGCUUGAGCAUUGUUUAUUGAACACAAUAAACAGACUAACUGCU